AUGGAGUUUAAUUUUCAUGCUCUUCGCAUGGGCUUUGAGCACUUUGAUCAUACUGGUGUAGGAGUUGUCUCUAAAAUGGAUUUUCACAAUGUUAUGAAUGAAUAUGAUUUCAAAAUGACAAGGCAUGAGUGUAACCGUCUAAUUGAAAGGUGUUCUGUGACAACCUCAGAUGGUAAUGUUAACUACAAAGAAUUUCUCCUGAAAUUUAUGUCAAGAUCUGAAAGAGAUUUGGCUCACAGAGUUAUAUCAGACCCUUGUCACAAAUUUAACACACGUGCAUUCACUCCACCUGGUGCACUCUCCAUUCAAGACGUAGAAGCUAAACUUGUGGAAUAUUUUCAUAAAGAGUUUCUACAAUUACUUGGAUCUCUAA